AAUAGUGAACGAAAAGGUUUGGGUUUGUUUAGGUUUGCCUCCCACAGGUCGUGACGUCAGCUAGUGUUGGGCUGUGUCUUGUGAUGUACAAAAAGCCGAAGAGAAAGGCUGGUCUCGAGGAGAGUGAAAUUGCCAGCCGUACUACCCAGGAUACCAUAUUUACCUCGACGUGCGAUGAAGUGCUAGCUAUCGAAUUCAUUUGAUAUCAAGUUCAUUACUUCGACUGGAUUAUAAACUCUCAUCUCUCUCUCCUGCUCAAAAGGCAAUCAUGGGAUUCUUCUCCCUUCGAGGCCGUCCGUUGAUCGUCUGCUGUUGGUUGUCAAUUUUGGCUGUGGUAUCCACAGCUGAAGAAUCGACGACCAUCGCGUAUCCUGUCACGUCCGACGUUACAUCCAAAGAUGGUCUGGUGGAUGCGGUUAACGUCGAUUGUCAUCAACAGGAAAUGUUGGUGACUCUGUCGACGUUGGUGCCAUUCCACGGUAUGGUUUAUCCGCGUGGAUUAACCAAGAAAUCGCCUUGCAUGGCCGAAUUUGAUGUCCAGCUCGGCGAUCAGUUCACCUAUCGAGUGCCGCUUCGUUCUUGCAACACCAUGUUCAUCGACACUGAAGACGGAUUCAUCGAGUACUUCAACACGAUCGUCGUACAGCCGCACAAAAAGCUGGUGACCAACCAAGGCCGCGGUUAUCACGUCCGCUGUCGUUACCAAACCAAGGAUACGGCCAUCAUUUCCGGAUUUAACGUCAGCUUUACGGGCAGUACCAAAUUGGACACGACCUCUCCAUUGCCCGGAACGAUGAUGCACAUCUACGCUGGCGAUGCUGUCAAUCACGUUCCAGCUGAAAACGUGAAAAUCGGUGACCCGUUGACGUUGAAGGUAGCGCUCGACCAGCAAGAGGUGUACGGUAUGACUGUCGCUGAUUGCACCGUCCGUGACGGUCUCGGUUGGAGCGAGCAGCUUCUUUACAACGACCAAGGGUGUCCCGUCGAUUAUGAGAUCAUGCCACCUUUUGAAUAUGACGUCAACAAGACGUCGGCCACGGUCAAAUUCCAGGCACACAAAUUUCCCUACACAUCGUCCGUCUAUUAUCAGUGCAACGUGCGACUGUGUUUGCGCAAUGGCGGUUGCGAAGAGCCACCACUGUGCGACAAUCAGGGUAAUAACCUUCGCCGCAAACGAAGGCAGGUGGAAGAAGACGGCCCGAAAGCUGAUUAUCGAAUUGAUCAUCCAUCGUUCGCCCGGAAUGCGACCACUGUCGAGGUCUUUGGUGGUUUCUACGUCACUGACGCCACCGAUAGCGGAGAGACGCGUCUCUUUGACGGCGAGCCCAUCGAAGAGAAUAAAGAUGAUCAACUGUGCAUUUCACCGAGAGAUUUCGCCAUUGGCAUCGCCGUGGCCGGCCUCAUUUUGAUGAUUGCCGUCGUCGCUGCAAUUCUGUUCCUGUGCGCCAGACGGCGACAUAAGCGCGUCUCUUCCACCACUGGAAGUUCCGUCUAUUCCGGACCGUACACCAAUACGGCCUACAGUCACUCGAGUUGAACUUGAAAAGAAAGAAAAAACGAAACAAACUCGCGUGUCUAACAAUUCAUUAAGAAAAAGGAAAAAAAGAAAAAAAAAAAAGUCUUUUUUCCCGUUCCAACUUAACAACCCUGUUGAUUGUGUGUGCUGCAACACCUUAACGGAAAACGUCCCAUCAUCGCAUUCGUAUUUUGGUGUUCCGCAAAUUCUUCGUAAUUUUCAUUUUUUUUCUCCACUGUGUUUGAAAUUCGCGCCUCUUGAAGGAACUCUCCCCACUCGCUCGAUAGGGUUGUGCGUUGGUCUUGGAAGAAUGUUUUUUUUUUUUUUUUUAACCGGUAGAAGUGUCUCUCUCUCUGUGUGUGAUCACUUUGAAUCGAAAGUUUUGCACCCGAAAUGCAGUUUUUUGUGUGUGGAAUAACUCGUCGCGCGAAGAUUACGUCAUUGAUGCUGUUGCAUGGACGGUGCCAUAGCCGCGUCACUCUCUCUCUUUCUUCGUUUCUUUUUUUUUUUUUUCGGUUUACUGUGCAAUAUGUUCGUCUGUUUAUGACCAUGUUUUUUUUUUGUUUUUUUACUUACCAAUAACUCGCUGAUGCAAUCCGUGAAUGAGUGACGUCGAUACGAAAGUCGACGGCACUCAUUCCGCCGCAACUUGUCGGACGGCUCCUUUAUAGCGGAGGCGUUGCUGGCGACUUGCUUUCGAUUCCUUAGUGCAAUAUUAUCGAGCAAACAAAAUGAGACGUUUCUUAAAAAAAAAAAAAAAAAUAUGAUAAUCAGUAUUUUGUGGAGGAGUCUGUUUUUUUUUGCGUUUGAAAUGCUGUCUACUUCCCGCUGAAAACGCACAACAGAAAGAUGAAACAAAAUUAAUCUUCUAAAUUUGUCCGCUUGUUGAAAAUGAAAGGUCAUUUUCGUUUCGGUUGUAAUUUCUUUUUUUGGGAGAAAAAAACUGAACAAAACAUGUCAAAUAUGGGUGCUGUCCGAUACGAUCAUUUGGUUAUUGAUUUUUAGUUAUCUAACAUUCUCCAUGGAAAUCCCAUUUGCUAAUAUUUAAUAACUCGCAUUAAAAGAACAACAAAAAAAAAACUAUUCUUCUCUGUUUUAGCAUAUUGAUCGUAUACUUGUAUUGUUUUUCUUUCCACCUUCUUCAUGCAAUAUCAUGAGAGAAAAAAAAAUGGAAAAUACAAUGUCCAAUUAAACUUUCUAAA